AUGGGCAAGACCAAGUCUCGACUCAGGCGUCCCCCUGGCUCUCUUUCUCGGAGAGCCUCGCGGUGUCCCUUUGGUACGCCUUCGCAAAGGCAGCUCAGGGUGUUUCAAACUGUGAUGUGUAUUGAGCCACGUCGUGUUUGCAAGCUGCUCGGUUCCGGGGACAGGCCAAGGUCGACGAUCGACGAGUACUGGUGGCGGUGCGCGCGGUGGACGUCCCGCUCUUCAACCUGCGCGAGGCGUCUCGCGCCUCGUCGAUGGGUUAGUGAAGCUAGCGCGCAAAAGCUUGUCUUCGCACGGCAGAACGCCACCUUAAGCUUCACCGGCGCGCACCGCCAGCCUCCCGAAGCGCUGCUGGAGAAGGCCGUCGUUGCAGGUGAAUUGGCAGACAACCUAAAGCGUCCGAGCAGGCGAAAUACUACACGAACUGGGCCCGGGAGCAGCGCAAGAUUUGACGCCAUCAUUGUGCGCUGCAGCCGCGGGAACCCAGACAUGUUCAAUGAGGGCUUGCAGACCAUGCGCAGGCAGGGCAUCCAGGUCUGGCCUUCGCCGAAUGCUGUGGAAUUCAUGGAAGCCAAGGAUGCCUUGUGCAAAGUUGCCACACUCAACAUCGGCCUCAAGGGCGCACUCACGUACCAUACCCCCGAAGAUUUUGCUUCUGCUUUCGCGCGAACUAUAGCAUUCCACCCGCGCACGAUCAAGCCGAGCAGCGCUUCUGCAGGCGAAAACGUUUGGAUCGUCAAGCUAAAGGAGGGCAAUUAUUGCAAGACAUUUGGGGAAAGAUCUUGCGCAAAUGACGAGGUGUUGAUGUUGGUGGAGGCCAGCGACAAUCACAUGGAAGAGCACACUCUCUCGGAAUUCGUUGAAUUUUGUUUGCAUGGUCGCACGUCAAAGUCGGGAACUUGGAUGUCGAAAAGCGAUGGAAAAUACUUCGACAUGGAGGGUGGCCAGCUCGUGGACCAAGGAUUCUGUCCAAAGCUAGAAGAAGGCGAGCUGCAGUACAACAUGGUGGGGAAGGUGCUUGUAAGUAUCUUGCACAAAGCGCCCUUGGAGAGUGGCGUGGUCGUGGGUGGCAUUGGCGCGAACUACAAGCUUUAUGAUCCAGAAGAGCCAAAGUUCAGACAGCUUACGGAGAUGUUCUUGCAGCAUGAUGUGGAGAAUGUGAUGCCAUGCUUAGGCCUAACAGAUGAGGACAUGCCACUCUGGUGGACGGCAGAUUUCGUGUUGACAUCUUUGAAUGGAGAGGCUGAGCAGGAUAAGUGGGUGCUUCAGGAAUUCAACUGUUCCUGUGUUGGCAUCAAGCAGUGUCUUGCUGCUUGCUGCACGAACGAAGCACCAUUUGCCAAGUACACCGACAUCACCCGCGAUAAUCUGGCAGAAGCCCAGAACAUCGGGGCGAUUAUCGGCAACGAGGUCCGGCGCCAUCUGGAUGACAUGGAGGGCGAGGCUGUGGUGGAUGAAGCAAAAGCUCGGCUGGAGGAGCCACGCCUUGACGAGAAGACGCCAUCUUGGCUGGAGCUUGCCCAGAAUGUGGCCACCGAGUGGCUGCACCUCGUGGGCCUCGCUGCAGUUGGCAAUUGCGGAGCCUGCGCCACUUCUAUUUCGCUGGCCAGCGCGGCCCCUGCGCUGGCCGAUGUGCUGCUGUUAGGAGGUGUUGGGACGGCAGUGGCUGCGGCAGCGGCCGUUUCCUUUGGUGGAACCACCGCUGGAGAGGCCGUGGAAUAUGCCUCCAUGGUUUUCGAGGACUUCUUCGGAGGACCGCCUUUUGCGCAGGUGUACAGGAUGAUGCAGCCGCUGGGAAGAGGUAGCUACGGAGUGGUUCGCAGAGCGCGGCACAUGCGGACACGUCAGAUUUUUGCGGUCAAAGAGAUCCCAAGGGCAAUGGCGUCAGAGCUCGCAAUCAUGCAGACAUUGCAGCAUCCCAACGUCGUGACACUCCGCGACUGGAAAAAGGAGGGACCGCUCCUCUACCUGGUCAUGGACUUGUACCACACGGACCUUGGGCAGAUUGUCAGAGCUGGUGAUUUGGCGCAAGCAAAGGUGUGGCCUAUCUUUCUUCAACUCAUGAGAGCAGUCGCCCACAUCCACAGCCACUACAUCGCCCAUCGCGACCUAAAGUUGGAAAACGUCAUGCUCGAAAGCGCUGCGAACAUCAAGGAGCCACACGUAAGGCUCAUUGACUUCGGCGCCGCUGCAUGCUUCAAGCAUCAAGCGCUCAAGACCACGAUCUUCACCGCGCACUACGUGGCUCCGGAGAUGCUUGCACGCACGCCCGUCUAUGACCACAAAAUUGACCUGUGGUCCUGCGGCGUGGUGCUGUUCUGGAUGCUGGCGGGUAGCCCGCCCUUCCUGGGCAGCGAUGAUCUUGAGAUCCUGCGCGCUGUGAAGCUGGCGAAGUGGCAGUUUGAGCCUGCCAAUGCCUUCUCCGCCAUGGGCCGCAGGCUGAUUUCCGAGCUGCUUGUCGUCGAUGCGGCAAGGAGGUUGAGCGCCUCUGAUGCCACCUUGUAUGUUGAAGGCACGAUGCCUUGCUCUUCGAGCUGCUCCACGGAAACCACGGUCCAGGGGCUGACGCCAAGAUGGUGA